CUUCUCUUGCAAUCCCGCAGACACAAUGGCAGCCUCCGGCCCACACCCCUUUGACCCUAUCAACCCGGCGGAAAUCGUCCUUGCCACCAAGUUGGUAGAGGCUGCUUUCCCCGGCGUCAAGCUCCGGUACAAGAAGAUUGAUAUCCAGGAGCCAAUCAAGAGCGAGGUCGUUCCAUAUAUCGAGGCAGAGCGUCUGGGAAAGCCAUUGCCUCCCAAGCCGACGCGGUUGCUACAGGUCCUCUUCCACCGCUUGGACACCGGUGCUUUUCUGAAAGCCCUGUUGAACGCGGGCACCCGCUCUAUCGUCUUUGCCAAGGAAUUGCCGAAGGAUGUCCAGGCCCCUGUGGACGCCGACGAGUUGGAGGAGAUCGAGCGAUUGUGCUUGAAUCACCCCGCGGUACAGGCGGAGGUGGCCAAGUUGCAGCUUCCCGCUGGCGUGACGGUCUGCAACGAUCCCUGGAUCUAUGGGAGGGACGAUCCUCAAGAAACCCGCCGGUUGUUCCAGUGUUACAUGUACAUAGUGGCCACGAACCACCCGCAGAACAACCACUAUUCCACUCCUUGCAAGUUCUCUCCCGUGUUCGAUGGCAUUACCCACGAGCUGGUCCGGAUUGAUUUCCUGCCUGGCGGCGUCGAUGCAACAACGACCGAGACGCAACCGUGGAAGCCCGUGCAAACCAUCCAGUAUGCGCACGAGCUGCUGGACGAGCCCUUGCGGACGGAUCUGAAGCCAUACAUUGUGCAGCAGCCCGAGGGGCCAUCUUUUACCGUCCAGGGGAAUGUGGUGUCGUGGCAGAAGUGGCGAUUCCGCGUGGGGUUUAACAGCCGCGAGGGCUUGGUCGUGUACAACACCACCUAUGAUGGACGCAACUUGUUUUACCGACUGUCCGUGUCGGAGAUGACCGUCCCUUACGGAGACCCGCGCGCCCCCUACCACCGCAAACAAGCCUUCGACGUGGGCGACGUCGGCUUCGGCAUUACGGCGAACCAACUCUCCCUGGGCUGCGACUGCCUCGGCCACAUCAAGUACUUCGACGGCUACCGGGCCGACUCAAAAGGCCAGCCGCUGCUCCUGAAGAACGUGAUCUGCCUGCACGAGCAGGACAACGGGCUGCAGCACAAACACACCAACUACCGGACGAACGCAGCAACCGUGGUGCGCAACCGCCAGCUGGUGAUCCAGAUGAUCUGCACGGUGGCCAACUACGAGUACAUCUUCGCGUUCAUCUUCGACCAGGCGGCGAACAUCGAGCUGGAGGUGCGGGCGACGGGGAUCCUGUCGACGGUGCCGUUCGACAACGCGAUGCCCGGCACGACGGUGCCGUGGGGCACCAACGUGGGGCCCGGGGUGAUGGCGCCCUUCCACCAGCACCUGUUCUCCUUCCGCAUCGACCCGGCGCUCGACGGCUUCACCAACACGGUCUACUACGAGGACAGCGUGCCGCUCCCGGAGGACGCGAACAACCCGUGGCUCGUCGGGUACACGACCGAGCAGACGGUGCUGCAGCGCAGCGGCACGGCGGAGACGGACGUCGCGCGCCACCGGGUGUUCAAGAUCCGGAACGACGCGUGCGUCAACCCGAUCACCUACAAGCCCGUCGCCUACAAGCUGCAGACCUCGCCGAGCCAGAUGCUCCUGGCCAGCCCCAAGUCGUACGGGGUCAAGCGCGCCCGCUUCGGCACCAAGCCCAUCUGGGUGACGCGGUAUCGCGACGACGAGCUGUACGCGGCCGGCGAGUUCACGAACCAGAGCGCCGACUCCCAGGGCGUGGACAAGUGGGUGCAGCGGAACGAGGUGGUGGAGAAUGAGGAUCUGGUGCUGUGGCAUACCUUCGGCCUCACGCAUAACCCCCGCAUCGAAGAUUUCCCCGUCAUGCCGAUGGAGCGCGUCAGCGUCAUGCUGCGCCCGGACGGCUUCUUCACCAAGAACCCCGCGCUGGACGUGCCGGCCUCGAACCAGACGUUCAACCAGUCGACGCUGCACCCGGAGCCCGUGGCGUGCUGUGCGCCCGCCGAGCGGCAGGGGAAGUUGUAGAUUGUUUCCUC